GCGGCAGCGGCCGGGCCGGGUGCCUUCACUGGAUGAUUUCUACCACAGAGGUGUGCUUAGGAUAUAGAGUCUGUCUCAAAUUCGAUGCUGUCAAGAUUUACCCAAAUAAAAUAUCCUGUGGUAAAGAACUUAAUCUCAGGAAGAAGAUGAAAGAUAAUGUCGCUGAAGAACAUUUAUAUUUGGCUUUUUCUCAUCAGUACAGAGAUAGUAUCUUUCCUCUUCAUACAUCUAUCUCACUGUUUUUGCUAUCCUACUGUGACUGCAAAUUAUUUAAAGUUUUUUUAGUGCCAACUGGCGAAGAUGUGGGUGAUCAGUGUGUGACAAAAAACCUCGUUGGCGAUCUUGAGGUCCACUUAAUCUCCAGGUGUCAGCUUCCAGUGGUUGUGCAGAGCUGCAGUUUACCUGCUGUUGUCAUGAAAGAUGACAAAUUCUGCCGAGCUGGGCUUUCUGUGGUCUUAAGACAUAUAAUACAAAAAACAUUUGAGGCAGAUCCAUCUAAAAAGGAUGUUUUGGAACUCUUGGGCUUUAAGAAGACCUGCUUGAAAGCCUGUGCUGAAGUUAGCCAGUGGACCAGGCUGUGUGAGAUUGGCAUACCUCGGGCUGUUGAAAGAUUUUUGACAGCCUCUCCAGAGCAGUGCCAGGCUAUUCCUCCUGACAUUUUACUGUUGGAAAGGAAGCUUGGAGAGCCUGUCCGAGUACACAAUGAUGACAAAAUUCGAAGGCAGAAACUUCAGCAACAGAAGGCAGGUGCCAAGGCUGCAGUGCCUGUGCUUGGUGAAGAAGCAGCAGAGGAAUUAAAAGUAGGAGAUGUCCAUGAACAUCCACCAUCAAGUUUGGAACUGAGUGUAGCUUUCUCCAAACUACUUGCCCAGGGAGCACCAGAGGCAAUCAACAGGGAGGCCCCUCACAUCAGGAGAACAAAAACCUCUGACCUUCCGCUCUUGGACCACGUUUUUGCAGAAGGGCUUUAUUUUACUGUGGCAGAUCUAGUGCUUUUGCCAUGCAUCCAUCAGUUCUUGGUUUCCAGCAAGAAACAAGGCAAAAAUCUGGUAAACUUGCCGCUGAUAUCCAAUUGGUAUCAAAGAGUUCAAGAAGUACCUGGAGUAAAGAAAGCUGCUGGCAAAUGCAACAUGCAGCUUCUCCAGCUUCCAGAGUUGGUGUCUGCUCCUGAGGAACAGCUACAGGACUCCACUUCAGUUCCUGAUGAGUUAGAAGAGGAUAAUGAAGACAGUCAUUUUAUAGGUGGUCCAAGGCCAACCAUGACUAAAUUAAUGGAAAAUGGAAUUGAAGCAAAGUUUUCUCUUCAUCCAUGCCCCAGCUGGACCCUAGACUGGACCAGUCUUCCAUCUGCAGUCAGUCCUGGGGAAGGAAAGAUGUCUAGAGACCGGGCUCUCAGGAAGCAGCAGCAGCUGAAUAAUUUGGUAGCAGCAGUGACAAAGCUCGCGAGACCUGGAGAUUUGAUUGUGGAUUUUUGCAGUGGAGGGGGCCAUGUUGGAAUUGUUCUUGCUUAUAUGAUGCCAUCAUGUCAGGUGAUACUCAUAGAAAAUAAGGAGUUGUCUCUGAUCCGUGCUAAAGACAGAAGUGAUGAACUAGGUUUAAACAACAUUUGGUUCAUUCAAGCAAAUUUGGACUACUUUAAUGGGACUUUUAACAUUGGGGUGGCCCUGCACGCCUGCGGGGUGGCCACAGACAUGGUGAUUGAGCACUGCCUCAGGGCACGGGCAUCCUUUGUCAUCUCCCCCUGCUGCUACGGCUUCAUUCAAAAUACAGUCAAGUUCAAAUAUCCACGCAGUCAUCAGUUCAAAGAAAUUUUGUCCUACAAGGAGCACAUGAUCCUUUGCAGAUUUGCAGAUCAGACAGCUGUUCAGCUUCCACCUGAACGCAGGCUAAUUGGAAAGCAGUGUAUGGGACUUGUGGAUCUGGAUCGGGCAUGGGCUGCAGAAGAACAUAACUACUCUGUCCAAGUUAUAUCUAUGGAGCCAGAGAGUUGCUCUCCAAAGAACAAUAUGUUUGUGGGCAUCCCUACUUAGAGUGUGAAACUUGCAUUCAAUUUGAAGCUGAACAUAAAUUUUCAGUGUGUAAUGGCAUCCAGCAGAUAGAGGCAACACUGGGAAGCAGACAUCCAGCAUCUUGAACGCAUUGCCUUCGGAAAGGGAAGCAGCCCCCAAAGUCCUAAAAAAGCAAACUGCAUGCAGAGCAUCACAAAUCAACUUGUAAUGUGUCAUUAAGCAACUUUUGGUUCUCAUACUGAGAAGUUUCUGGAUCUAAUGACUGUGCAUGGAAUUUUAUCCAUCUGUAAAAGCUUAGAAAAAACUGGCUUUGUUGAAGGAAAGGUGAUUUCCUUUUCAGUAAAGCUGUGUCUUGGCUGCUUGGAAAUUGCAUUCAUGGUCAAAACAGCAUUUGUGUUCAUAAGCAGAGCAGUUAUCAGCCAGCAGUGCUGAUCACCAGAGGAACAGAGAAGAUCAAAUUUACUGUGUUACUGAAGAUGGCUGUGCAACAGGUGGUGGCCUGUCUUUGCUAAAGAAUUCCAUACUACUGUAGGAAGAUUAUUUUUAAUAAAAGUUCAUCAGAAUA